AUGGCCCGCAAGCAGCCCCGGGGGCGGGCAUCCAAUCCAUCCGCUACCCUCACCCGAGUCCCAGCUCCAGCCCAGGCGGCUGUCUCCGCCUCGAACCACGAACAGGGCACCGUUGUCUUCUUCCACCCGGAUCUAGGCAUCGGCGGCGCAGAGCGUCUCAUCGUCGACGCCGCCGUCGGCCUGCAGGCGCGAGGCCACAAGGUCGUCAUCUUCACCAACCACUGCGACCCAGGCCACUGCUUCGACGAGUGUCGCGAUGGCACCCUCGACGUCCGCGUGCGCGCCUCCCGCCUCAUCCCCAUGUCCGUCUUCUCCCGCCUCAUCAUCCUCUGCGCCAUCCUCCGCCACAUCCAGCUCCUCCUCCAGAUCGCCCUGACCGGCGAGCUCCUCCGCCUCGCACCCCGCGCUAUCAUCGUCGACCAGCUCUCCGCCGGCCUCCCCCUGCUCACCUACCUCUGCCCCGCCGCCCCCAUCCUCUUCUACUGCCACUUCCCCGACCUCCUCCUCGCCUCCGGCCGCGACACCAGUGCCCUCAAGCGCCUGUACCGCGUCCCCUUCGACAAGCUCGAGGAAUGGACCAUGCAGUUCGCCGCCAGCACCGCCGUCAACUCCGAGUUCACAAAGUCCAUUGUCGCGCAGACAUGGCCCACGCUCGCCGCCAGCACGACACUGCGCACCGUCUACCCCUGCGUCGACCUGUCUGCGGCCUCCUCCUCCUCCUCCUCCUCCACAAGCAACAAGGCGGUGCGCAAUGCCCUCGACGGCGAAAAGCUCCUGCUGAGCAUCAACCGCUUCGAGCGCAAAAAGGACAUUGCCCUCGCCAUAAAGGCCUUUGCCGGGCUGGCCCAGCGCAAAAACGUCCGCCUCGUCCUCGCCGGCGGCUACGACCCUCGAAUCGACGAGAAUGUACAGUACUUAUCCGAGCUACGCUCCCUCUGCGACAGCCUCUCGCUCGGCCACACCACCGUCACCGCCACGGACUCCCUCGCGCAGGCGACCCCCGCCGACGACGCCCCCGUCCUCUUCCUCCCCUCCGUGCCCUCCGACACCAAGACGUCCCUGCUGCGCCACGCCAGGCUGCUCCUCUACACCCCCGCCGGCGAGCACUUUGGCAUCGUCCCCCUCGAAGCCAUGAAGGCCAAACUCCCCGUCCUGGCCGCCACGACCGGCGGACCGCGCGAGUCCGUGGUGGACGGCAAGACGGGCUGGCUGCGCCCCACGACCGACGUGGCCGCCUGGACGGACGUCAUGGCCACCGCCCUCGACGGUCAAAACGACGGCCUGCUCAGGACCAUGGGCGAGCAGGGCCUGAACCGCGUGCGCGAGGUCUUCUCCAGGGACAGCAUGGCCGAGACGCUCGAUGGCAUCAUCGCCGACAUGGAAAAGGGGAAGCCGGUUGCGUCCGCGCUCUUGAACAUGGCCCUCAAUGCCAUCGUUGUUCUGAUUGCCUUUAUCAUUGGGAUUGGUGGGGCCAAGGGCUACGUCGUGGCCAAGGACCGAGUCAUAUGGGCGUGGAAGGACGUCGCCUCGCUCGUCAAGGGAUAA